AUGCAAGAGCGUCAAUACUUGGAGAAACUCGCCCAAUGCCGCGGACACGGGCAGCUCAAUGCGUCCAGCCUCGUCGACGCCUUAGAGACAUGUACAGAGCGGCACUCGUCGCGCAUGAGCUUCAUUGCUUACACGAGCUCGCCCAAUGUCGUGGAGACCGGGCGACUCAAUGACUUCUCCGACAACCUCUCAAGAAGUGGGGAACCUGAAGCUCAGCCGCCCAGUGGCAAUGAGAUCCCUUGA